UCGCGGUCGCUGCGGCGCGCUCCUCGCUGGCUUCGCUCGGAGCAUCCUCGGGCGCCCAGCGCACCUUCUGCGCCGCGGAGGUGGGAGCCGGUCCGAGCCCUCCGGAGAGCGGCGGGCGGAUCUGAGGAAAGCAGUGUCGCGUCCUCCCGGAGGAAGACGAGCCCUGACGGUGACCGAGGUCUUCGCCUCCCGUUGGGGGGAAAAAGGGGGCGCAGCCCCAACCUCAAGCAAAACCCACACCGCCUUUUCUGGUCGCCCGUUCGGCCCUUGGGGACGCAUCGAAGCCGGGGGGGAGAAAACCCCUCACCCCGUCUUCUCUCUCACUCUUCGUCUAUAGAUGCAGGAUCUUUUAAAGUGCUCGGAAAGAAGAAGGGGAAAACCCACCAUGAAGGACUGCGGCACUUUUCUCAUACUGGCUGGACCGGAUGUUUUACUCUCUUAAACACGCACAGGGACAAGCAGGUUAUUUUAGCUGCCCCUCUUGGUGGAUGAAGGAUUGAGCGCACUAAAAUAUAUGCAUGUGGUGGCACAGGCCUGCAGAAUGCCCGACCAACAGAAAUAAGUGCCACUGUUCUCAAGAAGACCUUCUAACCCAGAUAGCCACAUCCAUUAUUAUGCCCGAAUAUCUGCACUCAGAUACUGUUUUUUGUGACCAAAAGGGGUUUUGCACCAAACGUGUGGUAGUUAAAGACAAUUAGGACAAGAUGAAUGAGCCUUACUGCAGUUUAUUGACAUGCGUCAAGGCACUCUGAGAGAACGUGUCAAGAGAGGUUUCCAGCUUAUAUUUAUACUGUGUAAUAAACACCUAUUCUUCUUAUACCAAACUAGUCAUCGCUGAAGGCUGUGUUUCCUCCAACUAUCCCUUGACUUGUGAAGUGUAACAAGAUUCUUCUUUAUUCUUAAGCAGCAUGCAGAGCUGUAUUUGACAGUAUUCUGCGUAGCCUCUGCUAAAACGAACGUGUUUGAAACCUGUGCCUGAAUUGCAUAGCGACAUACAUAGUUAGACACAUUAUUACUUACAUAGUUUAGACUGUGGUUAUGCUGCCCAGUGCAUUCUUUUCAGCAUCUGAAGUGGAGCAGGACGACUUUGUUUCACAAAAUGGUUCUUCUUGAAAUACAGCACUCCUACAAAUGCCUUGAAGUUUCCUGACUGCUUUGACUCAGUUUAAGUUUUCUUAUACUUGUCUUUCUUGUCUGAAAGGGGGGCUUUAUACAUUUUUUAAACAAUUUUAUACAUCUUUGGGCGUGUAAAGAAAAAGAGUCCUCACAAUGUGGACUUUUCUGGGCAUCGCUUCCUUUAUCUAUGUCUACAAGAAAUGUGGAGAUUUACUAAGUUAUGCCAACAAGGAGGUGCUGAUUUCCACAUUGGUGUUCUUUUCUCUUGGCUUGGUGCUUUCUUAUUGGUACCGAUCGUGGGGACUCCAACAGCACAAUAAGCAGCAACCUCAUUGCGGAAUGCUUUCCAAUUUCCUUGCUGCCUUGCCAUUUGUUGGCUUUUUCUGGACUAAAUCCCAUGCUGGUUCUCUGGAGACACUGCAGCUGAAAGGCAGAAAGGGUAGAAGGGAAGUCAUUCCUUCACCUGACAGUACAACAGAAACUGCUUCGGUUUCAACAGCCACUCCUCAGUCUGAUCCAGAAGUGAUCAUUGUCGGGGCUGGUGUUCUUGGCUCUGCUCUGGCAGCAGUAUUGGCACGGGAUGGAAGGAAAGUGACGGUAAUUGAGAGAGAUCUGAAGGAACCUGACAGGAUUGUUGGAGAACUCUUGCAGCCAGGAGGUUAUAACACUCUAAAAGAUCUGGGCCUUGAAGAUGCUGUGGAAGGUAUAGAUGCUCAUUCGAUAAACGGCUAUAUCAUCCAUAACCGUGAAAACAAGGCAGAGGUUGAGAUUCCUUACCCUUGCACAGCAGCUGGACAAGUACAGAAUGGAACAGCGUUUCAUCACGGGCGCUUCAUCAUGGGUCUCCGAAGGGCAGCCAUGUCAGAACCCAAUGCAAAAUUCAUUGAAGGGACAGUGAUACAAUUGCUUGAAGAAGAUGAGUGUGUAGCUGGAAUCAUAUACAAAGAUAAAGAAACUGGUGAUACAAAGGAGCUCCAUGCACCCUUAACAGUGGUUGCCGAUGGUCUCUUUUCCAAGUUUCGAAAGAAUCUCAUCUCCAGUAAAGUUAAAGUCCCCUCUCAUUUUGUAGGAUGCAUUUUGAAGAAUUCUCCUCAGUUUAAAGCCAAUUAUGCCGAGCUUGUUUUAGGGAAUCCUAGUCCAGUGCUUAUCUACCAGAUUUCUUCCAAUGAAACUCGAGUUCUUGUUGACAUUCGAGGUGAAAUGCCAAAAAAUCUUAAGGAAUACAUGGUUGAAAAGAUUUAUCCACAGCUACCAGAACACAUUCAAGAGCCUUUCCUAAUAGCAAUACAAAAUGAACGUAUGAGAGUGAUGCCGGCGAGCUUUUUACCACCUUCUCCUGUUAAUAAAACAGGUCUGUGAGCAAAGCAUAGAAUGCAGAAAACAUUACAAUCUGACCAAAGGCUUGGGAACACUGAUGGGAUUUUUUUUCUCUCAGCAGAACAGAAUGCUCCUUUCUGGUGCCAUUUCAGCCAG